AGAGCACAGGUCGAUAAUAAGUUGAAAAAUUACAAACUCUGUAGAUGAGUAACUAACUCCGCCUCUACUGCCAUAACGUGUUAUUAGACAGUUAGCUCAUUUUUAACUGGAUUCAACAGGAUACCUAUCUUGGUCUUAAAAUGAUUACUCUUGUCAUUGUGAGUGCACUGCUACUAACGCUGGCUGUUGGAAAACCUUGUGCUUCAGAUCAUGAGGCUCUUCUCCUCUCCUUCAAUAAACAGCUGCUGCAGUCAGUGGACACGCAAGAGACUCUACCCAAUCCCAGUGUGCACAUCGCCCUGCGGCUCUCUACACACCAUAAUCUAGCUAAAGAGAGUGAACAUCUCAACCGCAUAAAGGCAGAGUUUCAUGAUGAUAUUGAGAAAUCUCUCAGAAAUAAUGAGUUAGUGGUUGGCCAUCUAGCUCUGUACAUCUUGGCUUUAAAGUCUUCCUGUCAUGACCUGGAGAGUGUACAUCUCACUCAUAAUGAGAUGAAGGAGUCUCUCCUCAUUCACCUCAAGAAAGAGAUGGAGGAAGAAAAACAGAACAUUGCAUUCGGUCACCGUCCAAAGACCAACUACUACCAGUACUCUCUGGGCAUUCUGGCUCUGUGUGUGAGCGGUGUCAGAGUCAGCACACAUGUCAGCCAAAAACUCAUCCAUGCUGUGGAACACAGACAGUUAAAACACGGAGAGUCCUUAUGUGUCGACUCACAUGCAGUGGCAGGCAUGGCCCUGCAGUGUCUAAAAGACGAGGGAAUUGCUGUUAAAGAUAAUGCAGAGCUAGACAGGGCUCUUGCCACCAUUAAGCAGAGGCUUCUUGACUCAAAGAGAGCUGAUGGUCACAUGGGAAAUGAGUUCAGUACAGGAUUGGCAGUGCAAGCCUUGAUAGCUAUGGGCAGUCAGAUGGAGGAAUGUGGAUCUGCUAUGGAGGCUUUAAGGGCAGAUCUUAAGAAAGGAACAUACCAUAACCCUAUGGCCAUCUCUCAAGUCCUCCCAGCUCUACACCAACGUACUUACCUUCAUCUGAAGAGCCAAGAAUGCCGCAAUGAGAAUGACACUCUGACUCUUGAUGCGGAUUCCCCUGCCGAAGUCCUCCUAAGUCACAGGCAAGUGUCACUCCAGGUGGAGGUUAUUAAAUCAAGCGGUGCAUCGUCUGUGUUUUCCAUUCAUGUACCCAGGGGCUCCUCGCUUUUUGAAGCCCUCAACCUUCUCCAAGACAAACAAACUGGUUUUACCUUUAACACAGAGGACAGCCUGUGGGGAGCGUUCCUCAGUGUGGUCAAUGAAGAACAAGCACGUCAGACUGAUCGUAGAUACUGGCAUAUCUCCUCAGACGGCACUUCUCUGACACAGGGUAUCAAAGACUAUAAGAUUGAUUUAGCUCAAAAAAUCACCAUUAAGAACACUGGAUAUUGAUUCCCCUGCUGGAUGCAAGAGAAGAGAUGAAUGGGAUGACGCCUUAAUAUUUUUAUGAAUUCUAUGGAUAUAAUUGUGUUUCAUUUCAUUUUCUUGCCAUAAAUAACUUUGAAGGUUGCCUCACCGA